GCUGUGCGGUUCCGCCGCUGCCACGGCAACCGCAACGCCCGGCGGUGGCAGCAGCUCCUCGUCCCCGGCCGGGAGCAGCGGCGCCGGCGUGUCCCAGGGGAGCAGGGAAUGCUGGUGAGGACGUUCCCCACUGCCUCGCGUGGAGUUCGGUAUUACUCUAACACAUCAUCAAAAUGAGUGAAAAGGAAGCUCAAGGAGAUGUGGGUGAUUCAACAGAAAAUGCAGAAUAUGAGGAUGAUUUUGAAAAAGACCUAACUGAUGAAGAAGAAAAACAAAACCCUGGUGAAAAGGAGAAUCCUGAAGAAAAGGAAGAGGAUGUUGAAGCAAAAAUUCGUAAAACAUCAGACAGCUUUCAGGAAGACAAUGAAGAAAUGAAAGAAAAUCUAGAUCAGCCUUCAGAGGAAGAUGUAAAUGUGAAAGUAUUAUACUCUAAUGAAAAGUAUUUGCAAUCUGGGGCAGAUAGUGAACAGGACGACCAUGAAUCUGAUGCUGAGAGAGAAAGCUCUAUCCAGGAAUCCAAGCUGGAAAAUGAGCAGGAACUGGAUGAGGGAGAGGAUGAAGAAAUAAAGCGUUACGUCUUGGAAAAGAUUGAAGAAGCCAACAAAGAGCUGGAAAAUCAGGCUCCUGUGCAUGGAAAAAGAGAACGGAAGUUAAAAUUUGUGGAUGAGGUGGAUCUUCAUCCAAAUGGUGCUGAAGUUGGUAACACUGACCUUGUAAGAGGAGACGUUUCAGAUGGGCUGUCUCAGCUGAAUAUUUCUGACAAAGGACAGAAACACACAUCACUUUCAGAACGUGCUGGCUCAGGUGAGGAGAAGACAAAUGGUAAAGUUCUAAUCGAAAUAGAUGGAAAGUUUGAACUCUUAAGUUUAUGUGAUAUUGAAAGCUAGGGCAUUUUAGCCCCAAUAAGUGUUUAUUUUACAGAUAUUGAAACUCAACAGACUUCAGAACCCACUGACGCUCAAGGGAAAGAAAUGCCUCCAUCUGACUCUAACCAGCAGCCAGAUUCUGCUUUGAAUGGUGCAAAAAAUCUGGGAAAACAGAAGACUGAGUCUGCAGACGUACCUGCGAAAAGCUCCACUUACACUCUUACUCCCAGACAAAAAGAAUUAAGGAAGCAGAUAGAACUGAAGAAAGAAACACUGAGGAGACGGGAAGAAGAAAAGAACAAGGAACUAGAAGAAAUGAGGAAAAGACAGAACGAAAUAGUUUUUAAAGCAUGGUUACAAAAGAAGAAAGAACAGCUUCAACAAGAAAAGCGAAUUCGUCGUGCAAAGCGGCUGGAAGAGCUGAGGCUCAAAGAGGUGCACAGGGAUCCAGAAGAAGCCUACAGUUUAUGGCUUAAAAAAAAACACCAACAAUACGUGAGAGAAAGACGGAUAGAAGUCUUGAGACGCCAAACUGAAGAAGUGGCCUUUUAUCCAAGCCCAGAGGAUUGUGACAGAGCUUUUAGAGAAUGGCUGAGAAGGAAGAGAGAAGAGAAACAAGCAGCAGAACUAGCUGCUAAAGAGAGAGCAAGGCAGCUUAGAUUAGAAGCCAGAAGAGCAAAACAAAUGCGGAACAUCCACUAUAUUUAAUUCAGAGCCCAAAUUCUUUUGUUUCUCAGAUCAUUACAGUUGAAAAUUUGAUGUAGCCAGAGUUCUUGGUGACAGUCUUCUUAAUUUUUAUGGCUUGAGUUUUUGUCCUUUACAGCUACUGACUUUUUGUGGUGUUUUUAAAGCUUUCAAGCAAGUUUAACAAUUACCUUCAGUGACAAUGAUUUUAUUAUCUAUUUAUUUGUAAUUUAGUCAAAAAGCCUGCUUUAAUGCAUAACUCAGGGAUCUUCUUGGUUUAACCAAAUCAAAAUGAGUGCAAGAUGUAUAAAUGAGGGUGGCAGAUACACAUUCCCUUCUUUAAAAGGCACUUUAUACUCAUCAUGGAUUCCUGGAUGCAGGCUAUUGUGUAGAAUGUUAAAUUUUUGGUGGAUUAAUAUUGCUGUUUGAUACUGCUAGUGAUUGACUGUGCAAGGUGUUAUAUUGUUGGAAAAUGAUGUUUCUUGUACCAUGUCCUAUUGAUCCAUUGACCAGCUCUAGACCAGAGGACUGUGUUCUUUUAGGUUUCUGGAAAGUGGUGAUUGAAGACUAAUGUGUAGGUGAUCAUGCAACAGGUUUUGAAACUUACUUCUGUGAGUCAUAUUCAGUAGCUCUCUAUUCCACAGAAUUAAAAGCUUGUGCAAAUUAUGACCUUUUUCCAGUAGUAAGGAAGCUAGGAUCCUUAUAUAAAUGUCAAUGUUUAUUAUAAUAAAUCUACCAAAGUACAUGGCCUUA